AAAAACAAAAUGUAACUUCAUCCUCCGUCCCGUCCCCCUUCAAUGACCCGAAAAUGGCAACUAUUGGCUCUUGGGCUUGUCCUGGGACUGACCACUGUCUGUGCCUCCUUUGUGGCAGGCUUUUACUCCCAUCACGAGAUCGCCAGUCGAAGGCUGCAGCAGUUGAUACAAGAAGAUCCCUAUGCCUACUACAUUAGUCCCAAAAUCUAUAAAGUGUUUUCUUUCUUUAGAACUAAAGAUGAAGCUGAUCAUCGACUGAGGCAGAUCAUGAAGUAUGGUUUCCCGGGUCUGGAUGAUUUACGGCUGUACAGUGACUUUGUGCUAUCCUACGAUCGACGGAAUCGUGUGGCCCAUUGGGUGUGUGAGCAUCUGCAGGUGGACGCACUGCAGUCCGGCCAAGUGAGUCGACAACGUGCCUCGUAUCGACCGGAUCUGACUGUGCCCUCGAAUUUCCGAUCAACCCUGGCGGAUUAUCAUCGCUCUGGCUUCGACCGUGGUCAUCUGGCGGCAGCUGGCAAUCAUCGCGGACUCCAGAGCCACUGCAACGAAACCUUCUUCCUGACCAACAUAGCACCACAAAUAGGUCGCGGCUUCAAUAGUGGGGCUUGGAACAAACUGGAGAUCUAUGUGAGGGAUCUAACACUUCGCUUUGGAUCGGUGUACGUCUGCACGGGUCCUCUGUACAAGCCCAAGCAGCGAACGGGAGGCAAACUCAGCGUGGAGUUCGAGAUGAUUGGCUUGAGUAUGGUGGCAGUGCCAACGCACUUCUUCAAGGUCAUCAUUGUGGAGUCGAAGCUGCCCCUGGGCAAACCCUAUAUGGAGGGUUACGUUCUGCCCAACACUGCCCUUCCAGAUGGACUCAAUUUGCGCUCUUUCCUCUGUGAUAUCCGGGAGAUUGAACACUAUGCGGGUCUGAAGUUCUUCGAUGGUUGUUUCGAGAUUUCGGUUAACAAAUAAUCCGAGGGGGACAACAUCAGUUGGAAAAAUUGUAUACAAUUCCAUAUUCUAUUCUAAUGAAAA